GGGGGGGGGGUACUGCAAGAAUGGAGAAUCCCAAAUAUCCGCCACAACAACUCCGGCGGGUCCGUUGAGCCGCGUCGAAACGAGAAGAGCAGAAACCCGCGUCGGGAUUUUCCUCUCGAUCCUGCGACCGACGCGACGUGUUUUCCUGUUUGCAGAAUGGGGAAGUUCUGCGCGUCCUAGUUGCUGGAUCUGGGGAGACCAUGAGCUGGCCCAUGGCGACGCGCAAUUAGCCCCCGGCGUGUCCUCAACAUAAACUUUUACACCUGGAGACGUUGAAGGGGAGAGAACUUGAGCUACAGGCCGAGCAGGAGCUCCACCGCCGUCCUCCGCAUCGCGUAGAAAACCCGCCGGAGGAAGCAUGUCCGGGGAGGUGCGCUUGAAGAAGCUGGAGAAGCUGGUGCUGGACGGGCCGGCGCGCUCCAGCGGGCAGUGUCUCAGCGUGGAGACGCUGCUGGACGUCCUGGUCUGCCUCUACGACGAGUGCAACAACUCCCCCAUCAGGAGGGAGAAGAACAUCCUGGAGUUCCUGGAAUGGGCCAAACCCUUCACUUCCAAAGUGAAGCAGAUGCGCCUGCAUAAGGAGGACUUUGAGAUCCUGAAGGUGAUUGGACGAGGAGCCUUUGGAGAGGUUGCGGUUGUGAAAGUGAGAAACACGGACAAGGUGUUCGCCAUGAAGAUCCUCAACAAGUGGGAGAUGCUGAAGCGAGCCGAGACGGCGUGUUUCCGGGAGGAGCGGGACGUGUUGGUAAACGGGGACUGCCAGUGGAUCACCACGCUGCACUACGCCUUCCAGGACGACAAUAAUCUGUACCUGGUCAUGGACUACUACGUGGGCGGGGAUCUGCUGACUCUGCUCAGUAAGUUCGAGGACCGGCUGCCGGAGGAGAUGGCCAGGUUCUACCUGGCUGAGAUGGUGCUGGCCAUCGACUCCGUUCACCAGCUCCACUACGUCCACAGGGACAUCAAGCCCGACAACAUUCUGCUGGAUAUGAACGGCCACAUCCGCCUGGCCGACUUCGGCUCCUGCCUCAAGCUCAUGGAGGACGGGACAGUGCAGUCCUCCGUGGCGGUGGGGACGCCCGACUACAUCUCCCCAGAAAUACUGCAGGCCAUGGAGGAUGGGAAGGGCAAGUAUGGACCGGAGUGCGACUGGUGGUCCCUGGGCGUGUGCAUGUAUGAAAUGCUGUACGGCGAGACGCCUUUCUACGCAGAGUCCCUGGUGGAGACCUAUGGGAAGAUCAUGAACCACAAGGAGCGCUUCCAGUUCCCCCAGCAGAUCACCGACGUGUCCGAGGACGCCAAGGAUCUGAUCCGCAGGCUCAUUUGCAGUCGAGAGCACCGACUGGGCCAGAACGGCAUUGAGGACUUCAAGCACCACCCCUUCUUCGUCGGCAUUGAUUGGGAAAACGUUCGGUCGUGUGAGGCCCCCUACAUCCCAGAGGUCAGCAGCCCCACCGACACCUCCAACUUCGACGUGGAUGACGACUGCCUGAAGAACUCGGAGACCAUGCCCCCUCCCUCUCACACGGCCUUCUCGGGCCACCACCUGCCCUUUGUGGGCUUCACCUACACCAGUAAAUGUUCCCUGUCCGACCGGGCUUGCCUGCGGCAGCUGGCGGGCGAGCCGGGGAAGGCGGGCCGGGACCAGUUGGACCUGGAUGUCCAGCGCAGCCUGGAGGACAGCCUGGCCACAGAGGCCUAUGAGCGGAGGAUCAGCCGCCUGGAGCAGGAGAAAGUAGAGCUGUGCCGCAAACUGCAAGAGGCCACUCAGACGGUGCAGGCGCUGCAGCACCCGACAGGCGAGGGGCCUCCCAGCGCCAACAAGGAGGUGGAGAUCAGGAGUCUGAAGAGUGAGAUCGACGUCCUCAAGAAGCAGAUCGCUGACUCGGGCCAACUAGAGAAGCAGCUGGAGGACGUGUCUCUGGCCCGCAGGGACCUGGAGGACUCAUCGAAACACGUCAAGACGUUGGAGAGGCGGGUGAAGAGCGUCGCUCAGGAGAAGGAUGACAUGCACAAGGAUCUCCUGGAGGCCAAUGAGAAGCUGAAGUCUCAGUCCAAGGAGCUGAAGGAAGCCCACAGCCAGAGGAAACUGGCCAUGCAGGAGUUUUCUGAGCUCAACGAGAGACUCACCGACCUCCGGUCGGUGAAGCAGCGCCUGGUCCGCCAGCUGCGUGACAAGGAGGAGGAGAUGGAGAGCCAGGGUCAGAAGGUCGAGGCUCUCCGCCUUGAGGUGCGAAAGGCCGAGAGAGCCAAGAAGGAGAUGGAGGUGCAGGCGGAGGAGCAGGCAGCGGAGGCUCAGAAGGAGAGGAAGCUGAGGGAGCGCAACGAGCAGUACAGCCGUCAGCUGGAGGAGGACCUGGAAGGGCUUAAAGUGAAGCAGGCCGGCUCCUCCGCAGGUCCGGCCUCGGCAGACCAGAGCCAGGAGGUGGGCCGCCUGCGGGGGGACCUGGAGAAGAAGACGCUCCUGUACGAGGAGGAGCUGGCGCGCAGGGAGGCGCAGCACGCCACCGAGCUGAAGGCGGCGCGCAAAGAGCUGCGGGACGCCGAGGGCCAGCAGCUGACCCUGCAGAAAGAGAUCCUCAUGCUCAAAGACAAGCUGGACAAGACGCGCCGCGAGAGCCACAGCGAGCGUGAGGAGUUUGAGACGGAGUCCAAGCAGAAGCACGAGAGGGAGAGAGUCCUGCUCACUGAGGAGAAUAAGAAGCUGUCCAGUGAACUGGAUAAGCUGACCAGCAUGUUUGAGAAGGUGAACGGCUCCAACAGGCAGCUGGAGGACGAGAUGAGGGAGCUGGCGGACAAAAAAGAAAGUGUGGCUCACUGGGAGGCCCAGAUCACGGAAAUAAUCCAAUGGGUGAGUGACGAGAAGGAUGCCCGGGGAUACCUGCAGGCUCUGGCCACUAAGAUGACCGAGGAGCUGGAGGGACUGAGAAACACCAGCCUGGGAGCGAGAUCCACAGACAUGCCGUGGAAGAUGCGGCGCUUUGCCAAGCUGGACAUGUCCGCCCGUCUGGAGCUGCAGUCGGCUUUAGAUGCUGAGAUUAGAGCCAAGCAGAGCAUCCAAGACGAGUUGAACAAGGUCAAGGCCGACAACAUGUCCACAGAAUGUAAACUGCAGGAUGUGGAGGGUAGAAACCAGGAGCUGCUGGCCGAGAUCGACCGGCUGAAGAGAGAGACGGAGGAGCUGCGGCUACGCAGAGGUGUCAAGCACCAGGAUUCCCAGAAUUCCUUCUUGGCUUUUCUCAACGCGCCCACAUCAGCGCUGGACCAGUUUGAUGACUCUUAUUCCUCGUCCUCAUCUUCUUUAAUUGAGUUUUGGGAAGACCGCUCGCCAUCCGUUGGCCCGGCGAGCAAAGGCCGACGCAUGGACUCCAUGGAGAACUUCACCCCCUCCAACACUCCCUCCAGGGAAGAUGACCCCAAGUCCCACCUCAAGUCCCGCUCGCGGUCCCCCUCCAUGGCCAGUGACGUGGAGCCCAUAGAGCUGGUAGACCACCCUCCUCGCGCCGUGCAGACCCCCACCAUGCGCUCCGGAGGGUACGGCAGCAUUGGACGCUCCUCUCCCAAGCCCAAAGCGCACCAGUUCGUGGUGAAGUCCUUCAGCACGCCCACUAAGUGCAACCAGUGCACCUCCCUCAUGGUGGGCCUCAUACGUCAAGGCUGCACCUGUGAAGUGUGCAACUUCUCCUGCCAUGUGACCUGUGCGGACAAAGCUCCGGCUGUGUGCCCCGUCCCCCAGGACCAGACCAAGGGCCCGCUGGGCAUCGACCCCCAGAAGGGGAUUGGUACUGCGUAUGAAGGGCACGUCCGGGUGCCCAAACCGACCGGCGUUAAGAAGGGGUGGCAGAGAGCGAUGGCGGUGGUCUGUGACUUCAAACUGUUCCUCUACGAACUGGGAGAAGGAAAAGUCACGCAGCCGAGUGUCGUGGUGAGCCAAGUGAUCGACAUGAGGGAUGAAGAGUUUUCGGUCAGUUCUGUCCUGGCCUCUGACGUCAUCCACGCCAGCCGCAAAGACAUCCCUUGUAUAUUCAGAGUGACGGCGUCCCAGCUCUCCCACUCGAGCAACCACAAGCCCUCCAUCCUGAUCCUGGCCGACAGCGACCAGGAGAGGAACAAGUGGGUGGGUCUCCUCAACGAGCUCCACCGCAUCCUCAAGAAGAACAAGCUGAAGGAGCGCUUCGUCUACGUGCCCAAGGAGGCUUACGACAGCACGCUGCCGCUCAUCAAGACCACGCAGUCCGCUGCCAUCAUAGAUCACGAGCGCGUCGCCCUGGGCAACGAGGAAGGCCUUUUCGUCGUCCAUGUCACCAAAGAUGAAAUAAUCCGGGUGGGGGACAACAAGAAGGUGCACCACAUCGACCUGAUCCUGCAGGAGCAGCUGCUGGCGGUGAUCUCCGGCAGGAACCGCCACGUCCGUCUCUUCCCCACGCAGGCCUUGGACGGCCGCGAGACCGACUCCUACAAGCUGGCCGAGACCCGAGGCUGCCAGAGCAUCGUCUCCGGGCCCGUCCGCGGCGGCUCGCUCACCUGCCUGUGCGUGGCCAUGAAGAGACAAGUCAUAUGCUACGAGGUGAAUAAGAGUAAAGGACGCCACCGGCGGCUGCGGGAGGUUCAGGCCCCGGGGCCGGUGCAGUGGAUGGGGCUGCUCAGUGAGCGCCUCUACGUGGGCUACCAGUCCGGCUUCACCCGCUACAGUGUCCACGGAGACGUGGCCCCCGUCAACCUGCUCCACCACGAGGACCACACGCUGGCCUUCAUCCCCCAGCAGAGCCUGGAGGCCCUCUGCGCCGUGGAGAUCUCCAGCAAAGAGCUGCUGCUGUGCUUCAGCUCCAUCGGCGUGUACGUGGACUCGCAGGGCCGGCGGUCCCGUCAGCAGGAGCUGAUGUGGCCAGCUGUUCCCAACUCCGCCUGCUACAACGCCCCCUACCUGUCGGUGUACAGCGAGAACGCCGUGGACGUGUUCGACGUCAACACCAUGGAGUGGAUUCAGACCCUCCCCCUCAAGAAGGUGCGAGCCCUGAACGUUGACGGCUCUCUGAACCUGCUGGGACUGGAAACCGUCCGGCUCAUCUACUUCAGAAACAAGAUGGCCGAGGGCGACGAGCUGGUGGUCCCGGAGACGUCGGACGCCAGCAGGAAGCAGAUGGUGCGCAGCAUGAACAACAAGAGGCGCUUCUCCUUCAGGGUGCCGGAGGAGGAGCGGCUCCAGCAGAGGAGGGAGAUGCUGCGUGAUCCAGAGAUGAGGAACAAGCUCAUCUCCAACCCCACCAACUUCAACCACGUGGCCCACAUGGGACCAGGAGACGGCAUCCAGAUCCUUAAAGAUCUGCCCAUGAACGUCCGUGUUCAGGAGAGCCGCGCGGGCUUCAGCGGCUCCGUCAGCAUCCCCUCCAUCACCAAGAACCGCGGCGAGCCGGGCCGCUCCAUGAGCGCCAGCAGCGGACUGGGCAUACGCUCGUCCUCCCAGAACGGCAGCGCGCUGCGCCGAGAGCUGUCCGGGGGGAGCUACGGAUCCAAGCGGCAGGCCAUGACCUCCCCCUCGGAGAGCUCCCUGUCCUCCGGCGGGGGGGUGGACUGCGGGGACGCUCCGCUGUCCCAGUUUGACAGAGAGUGGCAGGCGGUCUCACCGUCGGAGAAGACCCCCGAUCUGAAAAGGGCUUUAAGGACCCUGCUUAGUAAGAUGAAGGAUUCAGACUCGCCUCGCCACUCCACGGCCUCCAACAGCUCCACCUUCAGCAGCCCUCCCAGUCCGGCCUCCCCCCACAAGGCCAAGUCCCUGUCCCUGGAGAGCACGGACCGCACGGGCUGGGACACAUGAGCCUCCGUCAGCUACACGCCGUUGCGCCCCACCCCCCACCCAAACUCCACCGACAGCACAGGACUCCAAACAAUCCCUCCUCUUCCUCCUCCGCCUAUCGCUUUUUCUCUGAAUAUUCCCCCUCAGUGCCCAGAGAACUGCACCCACUUCUACACCCUCCAUUUGUCCCGGUCGGAGGCUCCGCCGUCCCUCUGAGGGAGAAGCAGCGAUAUGAGAACGUGUGUGUGUCCUGCCCCCCCCGUUUAGAUUCACUCUGAAUGCAACAGAGAGAAGAGGAGCAUCUGGAGAGAACCUGAUUUGUACUUGUACAUAUGGGACCCUUUGGGUUUUGGGGACAAUACUUUAAUUUAUUUAUCAAUCUUAGAGAAGGAAAAGUAGGUUUGCUUCACGGUCGACUCGGGCGGGUGGAGCUUAACCCCCCCCUGCGCCCCCCCCCCCCGCGCCGCUUCCUCUUUGGAUGCUGCAAAAAUUGAAAAUGUAAAAAAAAAAAAGUAGAAAGAAAGCAAUGAUCUAUUUUUUAUUUUGCGCUUGGUAUUAACUGCAGUGACUUUAUAACAUUUUUUUUUAAUUUUGACAACAAGCAGCGUUGACAACGGCGGCUCGAAUGACAUCACCACAUCUCCUGUGACCCCCCCCCCCCCCCAUCGGAGUGACAUCACCCAGCGUGCAGCUCGCAGGUUCCCAUGACAACAAUGUACAUAGGUUCAAGUAGAGAGUAAUAUAUGAGACGGAAAACACUACAGAGACGGGAGAUCCUUUUGUUUUCACACAUUUAGGCCGUUUUAAACCACUUCCCAGUUUUCUUUUUUUACCGUGAGAUUUUAAAUUGGUUUGUUUUUUAUUGUAUGUUUGUUUUCCACACUCGGUUUGUGUGCUGCCCGUCAGGUAAACAUGUGAACGCACACGUGUGUGUGUGUGUGUGUGUGUUUCUGGUUGGAAGUCCUCCCACUGAGCGGGAAAAGGACGAGAGACACUUUGAACCCUCGUGGUCUUUGGUUGAUCUGUUCACUACUAAACACUAAAAUGAGAAUGUCUUCACUUAAACACUCGCACCGUCACCGGGCUGCAUCUCCACCGUGUGAACACACACGCAGUACUCCGUCUGUAGGAGCGGACGCCUCCACUUUAUUCCUCCUGUCUUUGUUAGAAAGUGUCAUUCCUGCCGAUUCCCGUUUGAAACAAAGCGGCGCGUUAAAGCCCAUUCCAAGUAUUUUAUUUUGAAGUAUUCCGUUUCUUCUGCAGAGCCGGAAUACGUUUCAUUCCAAGAAACCACCUCUUUUAAAGCUGACCAGUCUGCGGUCCUCCUGCAGAAUGUAUUAGAUGGGGGGGGGGGGGGGGGGGUUAGCCAGGUGUUUUAUUAUGGCCAUUGUACAGAAAACUGACCGUAGACAGAUGAAGAGGGGGAGAAACUCAGGAAAUGUCAGAACCAAUGAAUUCUUUUCAUGUGGAUGGAUGAAGGAGGUGAAUGUGGCUCCAGCAGUAGAUGAGAUGGGGGGGGGGGGGGUGAUGGCUGUGGAAGAAAAUAAUACAGAAUGAAUCAAACGCCUUUGCAUUUCAGUGAGGUUUUAUCUACAAUACCUUCUAUAUUAUUUUGCUCUUUCAUAUCAUUACGUUGUUUUCUUUCUAGGAUUGCUUUGUAAUAAUUUGUACAGUUUUGCAUGUUUUAGAUGUAAUCAUUUUUUGGUUUGUUUUACUUGGACUUGCUCCCUUUUGAACGGUUUGGGCGUUUUACUGAGGAUAACCCACUACAGGUGAUGUAGAUUCUUUUUUGCACAAAAAAAAUAUUUAAGGUGUAAGGUCAAACAAAAAUAAUGUAUGGAACUGGCUGCCACACCUCUGGAGAACUCAUUAUAUUAACCUGACUCCGAUGUAUUUCAAUAAAGCGGAGGGCUGUUACGAAUAUAAA